UCGCCUGUAAGAAGAGACUAUCUUCAAUUCCUCCUCCAUCGCACUAAGAUUUCUCGAAGAUGACUCAAGACGUUGAGAUGAAAGAGCAGCAACCAGCUGCUGCAUCUCUUUCUGUUAUAUCCGUCACUCCUUCUACUCUGCAGCAUUUGAAGGAGAUUGCUUCACUAAUCGAGACCGGAGCUUAUACCAGAGAGGUUCGUCGGAUUGUUCGUGCUGUUCGUCUGACGAUUACAUUGAGGAAGAAGCUGAAAGCUACUGUUUUAUCUGCGUUCCUCAAUUUUGCCCUUGUGUCUGGAUCUGAUGUCCACACUCGCUUAUCUUCUUAUCUUCCUAAGGAAGAUGUGAAUGAUAUGGAAGUUGAUACAGCAACAUCUGCAGCUCAAGUUACUGCAAGACACUCUUUACCUGAGCUUGAGAUUUAUUGCUACUUGCUUGUGCUGAUAUUUUUAAUUGAUGAAAAAAAGUACAAAGAGGCUAAAACGUGUUCUUCUGCGAGCAUUGCCCGUCUUAAGAAUUUGAAUAGGCGAACUGUGGAUGUUCUGGCUGCCAGACUUUACUUUUACUACUCUCUUAGCUAUGAACUUACUAAUGAUCUGGCUGAAAUUCGUGGUAAUCUUCUUGCAUUGCAUCGGAUCGCCACAUUGCGUCAUGAUGAGUUGGGUCAGGAAACACUUCUCAAUCUCCUCCUUCGCAAUUACCUUCACUAUAACCUAUAUGAUCAAGCUGAAAAGCUCAGGUCCAAGGCACCCCGCUUUGAAGCUCAUUCUAAUCAACAGUUUUGUCGCUAUCUUUUCUAUCUUGGAAAGAUUAGGACAAUCCAGUUGGAGUACACUGAUGCAAAAGAAUCCCUUCUUCAAGCUGCUCGAAAAGCCCCUAUUGCAGCUCUAGGUUUCCGUGUGCAAUGCAAUAAGUGGGCUGUGUUAGUUCGUCUUCUUCUCGGAGAAAUCCCUGAGAGAACAGUUUUUAUGCAGAAAGGAAUGGAACAAGCUUUAAGGCCAUACUUUGAGCUUACAAAUGCUGUUCGAAUAGGUGAUCUGGAACAGUUCCGGUCAGUUGCAGAGAAAUUUUCAGGAACAUUCACUUCUGACGGAACCCACAAUCUAAUUGUGAGGUUACGUCAUAAUGUGAUCAGGACUGGACUGAGGAACAUUAGCAUAUCUUAUUCUCGAAUCUCAUUGGUUGACGUGGCAAAGAAACUGAGGUUGGGGUCUGAUAAUCCUGUUGCAGACGCAGAGAGUAUUGUGGCCAAGGCAAUAAGGGAUGGUGCUAUAGACGCCACACUUGAUCAUGGAAAAGGGUGGAUGGUUUCGAAAGAGACUGUUGACAUUUACUCCACAAACGAGCCUCAAAUUGCUUUUAACUCGAGGAUUGCUUUCUGUCUUAACAUGCAUAAUGAGGCGGUUCGUGCUCUUAGGUUUCCUCCCCCGAAUUCUCAUAAGGAGAAGGAAAGGGCGGAGAAGAGGAGAGAAAGGCAUCAGCAGGAGCAAGAGCUUGUCAAGCAUAUCGCAGAAGAGGAUGAUGACGAUGAAUUCUGAUUUAUUUUAAGAGAAAAGGUUGUUCCAUUUCGAAUUGGUACUAGACUAUAGCAACUGCAAUUUCUCAUAGAUUUGUGGUUUGACAUUCCAUUGUAACCGUUAUCUUGGUGAUAUGUUUGUGAUUCUGUGCGAUCGAACUGAUAUAUCGAAAACUUGCUCGUACUCAAUCGGAUGCACUAUAAGGUUUUGUUGCAUUCCAAUUUAUGUCAUGUUUCUAUGCUGAACAAACAAUGUUUUUUUUUUUUUUUUGUAAUUCAACUUAUUGAAAUUUUAGUAA